ACUGGGCGGCCCUCAGAUCUACGGGACUGUCCUGCUCUCAAUUUUAAACAUUUUUAGCUCCAAAACUUGAGCUUGUCUUUUAACGUUAAUUAAUUUUUUUGUAUGUGGAGUUUUUUACACUUUAUUUUUUAACGCGACGCACCAAAUGAAGAGAGAAAUGGCUGACUGGAAGGCGCAGAUAAGCUACAACUACAACCCCUCGUACCACGCCUACGCAUACGGCCUCGUGUAUCAACCUGGACCCGAGCAAAACCACGGGAACCCGACCGGCUGGGGCGAAGCCGGAGUCACGGAUUUGAGCAACUACAACGGCGGAGUAACGCAGGCCUACUACGCCACCACCCCCAGGGUCCGGGAAGAAUCACCGCCUCGCAGCCCGGAGCAGCACGCAGUGAACGGCCACGGUCACUACCAGGGCUCCGGGGUCGUCUACCUCGGUGAAACCCAGGCGGGCCGUGUGCUCCUAUCCGGAACUCACCGGACCGCGUACGACGCGCGGACACUUGAGGUCAGGCGGACCGAAAGCGAAUCGACCAGCGACUCGGAGGCGCACACCUCGCCAAAUUCGUGGAGCUCUGGCAGCAGCAGAGAAGGAAGUCUCCCCCAGACGGACCCUGCCACAUGGGUGAAGAAAGAGCUUGGCGACGAGGCAAGCAUCAGGAGCCCCGAUGCCGGCGGGGACGUCUCUGGCUCUCUCGCAGAGGAUCCAGGGACCUUUGUCGUCAGUGGGAACGAGGGAACCAACAACACUACCUCGCUACAACUACCCUCAACUGCCCAAAAGAAGCCAUGCACUGCUGCUGUAAUUAACCCCAAGGGAAAGGUGCGGGCAGCCUUCUCUGAGAGUCAGAUGAAUGCUCUUGUCCAGCGCUUCAGUGUUCAGAGGUACCUCACCCCGGCUGAAAUGAAGAACCUAGCAGAACUGACAGGGCUGACCUACAAACAGGUUAAGACUUGGUUUCAGAACCGAAGGAUGAAGCUACGGCGGCACCAGAAGGACACUAGCUGGGUGUCUGAGCGCUACAACAAAGGCAGCCCGAUGCAUACAACCAUGUACGCCAACGUUCCCUCGCACAUGCCACAUUAUCAGGGAGAAGUCCGGCCACAGCUCAAGGAGCAUUACAACCAGCACAUGAUGGAGACUGCCUUCAAGAAGACGACUCCCCAGAACAUGGCUUUCUACCUGGCUGCAAUGGGGUCUGCUGCAAUGGGGUCUGCUGCAAUGGGGUCUGCUGCAAUGGGGUCUGCUGCUGGAUCCGCAGGCUACCCCUCCUGGUCCCCCAACUCAUCCCAGACGGCAAUGCCCUCCAGGCCCCAGGUGUCUGGCUGGUCCAUGCCCCCUGGUGUCAGCCACUAUGAAUACAAUCCCAAUGUAUUCCACUCAGCCAGUGCCACCUCAGCAAAUAACACUGGACCAGACACAAGCUUCGACAGCAAAGAGGGGGAGCCUGUCGUCAACCACGGGCCCUUGAACAUGUCCAUGGUACACAAUGGCAGCCAGUAGCGAAUGGGGAGCUGCUAAGCUUAUAAACUUUUCUGUAAAGGUUACUCAGCAGUCAUGUUUGUUAAUCAAGUUUCCUGACUGUAGUUUGUAAUUGAGGUAAUUUUUGCAUUGGCUGGGUGUAUAUAGGCCUUGUUCAUACUCCUGUUUAAAAGUAGUUUCCCCUUUUCUACUUUGAAGCUUUAUUUUUAUAUGCAACUAUUUAAUGUAUGUUAGUGUGUUCUUUGCACUUGGUGAUACAAGAUGGGUCCAAGUUGGAUGCAGUCAUGGGAUUAUGUUUUUUUU